AUGGACAUGGAUCCAUUGGGAUUGGAGGAGCCGGAGCCCUUUGGGGGUGAUGGGGGGGACGAUGCCCCCGACCCCCCCGGGAUGCAGGCCCCUAUCACCCCGACGGACCCCAUUGAAGCCACUGCGGAGCGGUCCCAUUGGCCCGCGGUCCAUCCACCGGAGCAUCCCGUUGCCACGGCAACCAAAGCCCCUUGGCAACCCUUGGAAUUCCAAUGCUUGGAAUGCGGGAAGAGCUUCGCCUGCAGCUCCCACCUCACCAAGCACCAGCGCAUCCAUACUGGGGAGAGACCAUUCCCAUGCCUCCAUUGUGGGAAGAGCUUCAACGUCAGCUCCAACCUUUACCGGCACCAACGUUCCCAUUCAUCCCAUUCAUCCCCAUCACCCCGCAGCGCAUCCCAUCCGUGCCGAGACCUCGACUCCCAUCGCCGCCUCCACCGGAACCCGUUGCCGUUCCAGUGUUCCCAGUGCGGGAAGAGCUUCCCGUGGAGUUCCCAUUGGGAACGGCACCAACGCGUCCAUACUGGAGAGAAACCCUAUGGGUGCCCCGAAUGCGGGAAGCGGUUCGGGCGCUCCUCGCAUCUCUACCGGCACCAACGCACCCAUAACGGGGGGCGUUCCUAUAUCUGCACCUAUUGCGGGCGAUCCUAUGGGAGCAUCCUCCACUUCCAACGCCACCAACGCACCCAUCGGGGCCGACGGCCCUAUAAGUGUUCCCGAUGCCGGAAGAGCUUCGUCGACGCUCCGGCGUUGAUCCAACACCAACGCCUUCACCUCAAUGGGGAUAGGGAUGAGAAACCCUAUAGAUGUGGGGCGUGCGGGAAGAGCUUCUCGUGGAGCUCCCAUUGGGAACGGCACCGGCGCAUCCAUACUGGGGAGCGCCCCUAUGGGUGCCCCCAAUGCGGGAAGCGGUUCGGGCGCACCUCGCACCUCUACCGGCACCAACGCACCCACGAUGGGGGGCGGCCCCAUAUCUGUGGGGUGUGCGGGAAGAGCUUCAAUAGCACCGUCCACUUCCAGAAGCACCAACGGGCGCACGCCGGAGCGGGACGGGGCCAUAGGGAUGGGGAGGGAUUGGGGGGGCCGGAGCCGUACUUGUGGGGCGCGGGCACCCCAAGCCCCCCCCCGGAUCUGGGGGUCGCGAUGCAGGAGAACUACGAGAACGUCAUUUCCUUGGCCGAGGAGAUCGCCAUCAGCUGGCCACGGAUCACGGCCUUCGCGGAAUCCCAUAGGAGACGAGGCCUGGGGUCGGGUGCAGACACCGAGGGCGAGCAGGGCCCUUCGGAACCCCCCCCGCUGCAGCCUUCGGGGGGCUCCGGGGAUGGGGGGGUCCAUCCCGACCUGCGGCGCCAGUUGGGGCUCAUCCUGCAGACAGCCGGGAGGAGCCAAGUGGAGAAGAUGCUGCGGGAGCUGGUGCGGGAGCAGGGCCAGGCCGGGAAGCGCCGGGGCCGGAAGAGGGGCACCAAGGAUGGAGUCUCCACCACCGCCCCCGAAUCCCCGCCAUCGGAAUCCCCCCCCGACCCCCAAAACCAAGCGGAACCCCUUGAACCAUCCCCGGCGGCGGCAGCGGCACCAUCGGCGCCCACCCCGCUUUCCCCUUGCCUCGAAUGCGGCGCUCACCCACGCUGUUCCCGUUGCGGUCACCACCGUCGCGGCCGUCGCCUCCAUGGCGUCAAUGGUGACAAACCCCACCGCUGCGGCGACUGCGGCAAAGGCUUCAGCCGCGGCUCCAACCUGGCCCAGCACCGGCGCAUCCACAGCGGGGAACGGCCCCACCGCUGCGGCGACUGCGGCAAAGGCUUCCUGCAGCGCUCCGACCUGCAACGGCACCACCGGGUGCACACCGGCGAGCGGCCUUACCCGUGCGCCGACUGCGGGAAGAGCUUCAGCGUCAGCUCCCACUUGGAGCGCCAUCGGCAGACCCACGCCGACGGGGCGGCCCCGCGGCACAAGCGGGGGUCACCGGAUGAACCCGUUUCCCUUCCCCAUCGUUGCGGUGAAUGCGGGAAGGGCUUUGCCCAACGCAACGCCUUGGCGAAGCACCGCAAGAGCCAUAGCGGCGAGCGGCCGCAUCGGUGCGGUGAUUGCGGGAAGAGCUUCAGCCGCGGUUCCAACCUCACCCAACACCGGCGCAUCCAUACCGGGGAGAGGCCGUUUGCCUGCGGUGAUUGCGGUAAAGGCUUCAUCCAACGCUCCGAUUUGGAACGGCACCAACGCGUCCAUACCGGCGAGCGGCCCUAUACGUGCGGGGAAUGCGGGAAGAGCUUCAGCGUCAGCUCCCAUUUGGAUCGGCACCGCAAGAUCCACACGGCGGAACGGGCUUGUUACCGGUGUCCCCAACACCUCGAUACCUUCUUGGCCGCCCAUCGCCACGGGCGCCUGUUCCAGUGUUCCCAGUGCGGGCGUUGCUUCGGGCAAGGGGCGGCGUUGCUCAAACACCAACGGUGCCACAACGGGGGCCAAUGCGCCGAUUGCGGGAAGAACCGCGCCGUAGGGUUGAGGCCUCGUGCUCAACAGUGCUUGGAUUGCGGGGUGGAAGAGGACGCCGGCGCGGUGCCGGUGACACCACCACCACCACCAGCACCACCGGAGAAGCCCUAUAAGUGUGGGGAGUGCGGGAAGGGCUUUGGGCAACGCUCGGCCUUGGUCAAGCAUCGCCGGAUCCAUACCGGUGAGAAGCCGUACGCCUGCGGUGAUUGCGGUAAGGGGUUCAUCCAGAAGUCGGAUCUCACCAUCCACCGCCGCAUGCACACUGGGGAGAAGCCCUACAAGUGUGGGGAGUGCGGGAAGUGCUUCAGCGUCUCCUCCAACCUCCUCACCCAUCAACGGACCCAUUUGGGGGAGAAGCCCUACCAGUGCUCCCAGUGCGGCAAGAGCUUCAUCCAACGCUCCGAGCUCACCAUCCACCAGCGCGUCCACACCGGGGAGAAGCCCUACAAGUGUGGGGCGUGCGGGAAGUGCUUCAGCCGCAGCUCCCACCUCAACCGCCACCAACGCACCCACAGCGGGGACAAGGCCAAAGCCAACCCCGGCAACGCCGACGCCAACGACGCCGACGCCGCCGCCUUCGCGCCCGUCCCGGCGCUGCCGCCCUUCCCCGGCGCGGUGCCGGGCUUGGAGCUGCCCUGGGCCCUGCCCUUCCCUGCCCGCGCCUUCCCCCAGCCCUGCUGCCCCCCGGCUCCAGCCCCGGGGGCUCAGGCCUCGACCCUCAGCAACUGAGCCC